UCACCCACAGCGGGAGGGGCAAUGCCUGGGCUGGGGCGCUUUAAAGGAGUCCGAGGAGCUGCUGUUGCCAGGUGCUGCCACACCACGGGUCAGCCCUGGGGGUGGGGUGUUGGUGUGGAGGUGUCAGCUUCGACCCCCACCUCUGCCAGUGUCACCUGUGUGGGUGUGCAUGGGGGUGGUGAGUGCCUGUGUUCUUACAGGUGUGUGUGUGUGUGUUGGAGCACCUGUGUGUACCUGUGUGCUCACCCACAUGUGGGCAGGACAGGUGUCUGUGCCUCCCUGCACAUCUGUGCUCUGUGUGUGUGCACAUCUGUGUUCUGUGAACAUCUGUGUUCUGUGCACACCUGUGCUCUGUGUCUGUGCACACCUGUGCUCUGUGUCUGUGCACAUCCCUGCUCAUUCACACCCGGUGUCCGUUCAUUCCCGGUGUCCGUUCAUUCCCGAUGUCCGUUCAUUCCCGGUGUCCGUUCAUUCCCGGUGUCCGGUCGCACCUCUGGGGACGGAGCCCAGCGAGGGGCGUGACCAGUCCAGUAAAGGGGCGUGGUCCGUGUCCUGAAAGGGGCGUGGUCGGGAGGACCUGCGGUCCCCGUGCCGCUGCGUUCGUUGCCGAGGCGCCAGCCAAUGGGCGGCCACGUUGCUGGAUGCGGCAGCCAAUGGCCGCGCGCGUUGCUGUUGCCGGGCGGCCCGUACCGGCCGUCCCGGGGCCGUCCCGGGGCGAUGCCGGUCCCGGCCCUGCCGGGCCAUGGAGAUCCGCUGCGGGGGUCUCCUCUUCAGCUCCCGCUUCGACUCGGGGAACCUGGCACACGUAGAACAGGUGCGGCCUACAGAGCUGGGAGGCGGCCCCGCCGCCCGCGCCAACGCUCUCCCCGCCGCCGACUACGAGUUCAACGUGUGGACGCAGCCCGACUGCGCCCACACUGAGUAUGAGAACGGCAACAGGUCCUGGUUCUACUUCAGCGUGCGGGGGGGUGCCCCGGGGAAGCUGAUCAAGCUGCACAUCCUGAACAUGAACAAGCAGAGCCGGCUGUACGCGCAGGGCAUGACCCCCUUCGUGCGCACCCUGCCCGUGCGCCCGCGCUGGGAGCGCAUCCGGCAGCGGCCCAGCUUCCAGGUGGUGGAGACGCAGUUCGUGCUGUCCUUCGUGCACCGCUUCCUGGAGCACCGCGGGGCCACCACCUACUUUGCUUUCUGUUACCCUUUCUCCUACACUGAGUGCCAGGACAUGCUGGCACAGCUGGACGGCCGCUUCCAGGACUGCAGGCACAUGUCCCCCAGCAGGAUUCCAGAAGAUCCCUUAUUGUUCUGGAACCCAGCUCCUCCUGCCAGAAUGGGUUAUCUCCCUGGUGGGAUGAAUCCCUCAGUGUCCUGUCCCUCCUGCUGGGCUGCAUUAUCCCUCCCGCGGGAUGACCUGACCUUCUGUGCCAGCCCCCUCGACUCGGUCUACUACCACCGGGAGCUGCUCUGCCACUCUCUGGACAAGCAGCGCGUGGACCUGCUGACCAUCACCUCGUGCCAUGGCAUGCAGGAGAAGCGGGAGCCCCGGCUGGACAAGCUUUUCCCAGACACCAGCACACCCCGGCCUCACUGCUUCACUGGAAAGAGGGUAUUUUUCCUCAGCAGCAGAGUCCACCCAGGAGAAACCCCCUCCAGCUUUGUCUUCAAUGGCUUCUUGGACUUCAUCCUGCGGGAGGAGGAUCCCCGUGCCCAAAUGCUGCGGCGGAUGUUUGUCUUCAAGCUCAUCCCCAUGCUGAACCCCGAUGGGGUGGUGCGGGGCCACUACCGAACGGACUCGCGCGGGGUGAACCUGAACCGGCAGUACCUGCACCCCGACGCCGAGCUGCACCCCGCGGUGUACGGCGCCAAAGCCAUCCUGCUCUACCACCACAUCCACAGCCGCGUCCUGCCGGGCUCUCCGGACUGGAGGACGUUUGUCUCCCCACUCAGCACCAUCUCACUGAGCAUAAAAUCUCCCAACUGUCCCGUCCCGGCCGUGGAGGCCACGUUAUCAGAGCUGGACAAAACCAACAACCUCCGCAACUGCCCUGGCACCUGGCGUGCCAGCACCCAGUCCUGCCCGGCCCAGGAUGCCCAGCUGCCAGACAGCACAGAGCAAGCUGCCUGGAUCCUCCCUUCCAGCCACAGCACCGAGCACUGUGAGGAGAGGCCGUGGACGCCUCCCCCAGCCCCCGGCCCCGAAGCUGCUGAGCCCCCAGAGCCCAUUGCACCCCGGGACAGUGGCCUGGCUUACUACGUGGACCUGCACGGCCACGCGUCCAAGCGCGGCUGCUUCAUGUACGGCAACAGCUUCAGCGAUGAGAACGACCAGGUGGAGAACAUGCUGUUCCCCAAACUCAUCUCCCUGAACUCCCCUCACUUUGACUUCACGGGCUGCAACUUCUCGGAGAAGAACAUGUAUGCCCGGGACAAGCGGGACGGGCAGUCCAAGGAGGGCAGCGGGCGCGUGGCCAUCUACAAGGCCCUGGGCAUCAUCCACAGCUACACCCUGGAGUGCAACUACAACACGGGGCGCUUGGUGAACAGCAUCCCGGGGGCGUGCCAUGACAACGGCCGUGCCAGCCCCCCGCCACCGCCCGCCUUCCCCUCCCGGUACACCGUGGAGCUCUUCGAGCAGGUGGGCCGGGCGGUGGCGGUGGCAGCCCUGGACAUGGCCGACUGCAACCCCUGGCCACGGAUCGUGCUCUCGGAGCACACCUGCCUGGGCAACCUGCGCGCCUGGAUGCUGAAGCACGUGCGGGGGCUGCGCGGCGCCGGCGGGGGCCCGCGGAGGAGAGGAGGUGCCAGGACCCCCCCCAGGAGCUCCACAGGGCUGCCCACCUCGGCCUCUGACAACACACUGGCCCGUGCCAGGAGCUUCAGCAACGGCACCAGUGGCAGCGGGGGCAGCCAGCAGGACUCCCCCCGAAUCCGAACCUCUCCCAGCUUCACCUUCGGCAGCCCCAGGCCCCCGGCUGCGGCCGUGGCCUCCCAGAGCCCCCUGAGUAGCGGCAGCACCCCGGCCCUGGGCAGAGGGACUCUGCCCACGGGCACACGGGCAGCUCUGAGCACCGGCCACAGACCACGGGAGGCCCAGCGAGGCAUGGAACAGCUCCAGGGCAUGGCACCUCUGCAGGUGCUCCCAGUGAAGCUGAAUUCCCGGAGAGCCCCAGAAAGGCCUGGGGCUCUUCCCGGAGGCCCCAGUGCCCCCCGCGAGGGUGCUGAGCACCGAGGGACCGUUCCUGUGCUGGGGCAGAGGCUCGCAGCCCCGGCCCCGCCGUACCGGGGAGCUGCAGGGCUGCCCCGGCUCUGCCCUGCCCCGUGCCGGCAGCACCUGUGCAAGGGCCCGGUGUCCCCCCUGUCCCUGCCCGCGCCGCUGGCCCCCACCACAGCGCCCCAACACCGAUCCCCCCUUGCCCAGCUCCUGCCGACAGCUCCUCUGUUCCUGCGCUGAGCCCCCCGCCCGGCCCCGCCGAGGGACUCCCGUGCUCCCGCCCCAGCCCCGCUCCUCCCCGCGGGCCCGGAGGAGGGGCGCGGCCCGACGGGGGGUUUAGAACGUCACACGGUUUUGUCGUGGAUCAUCGUGUUUCUGUUAAAGCUGCUCUGGAAGAA